AUACCCCAUCCGAAACCUGUUUAACUUAUUUACACCCCUUUAGUUCUUCAUAAAACACACAUGAACACACGACAAGGGACAAUCCUAUUCCAAAUCGAAGGCAAAUUCAGCACAGAGCUCGUCCAUUAAUCGCAUCCCAUCCUAAUCCCGUGAACUCCUCGGUACAUCUAUUGAACAUUCGCAAAUCCGAGUGAAGGUCAUUGGCAAACUUUCAAGAACCUGAGAACGCAGAACUAUCUGGAGGAAAGAUUAUCUUCUUUGGGAAGUAAAAUGCAGAAGGGCGUCAAGGAUAAGGAGAACCGGAAUGGACCGGAGAUCACUGACUUCCAUCAACAGCAACCGCCAUCAAAACAAAGUGAGGGCUUCCUUGGCAGUUUCCUAUCGAAGGGCCUGAAGACCAAUCAGCUGGUUGUGAACACGGAUGAAAAGACCCUGCGACCGGUUGCACGUCUGAAGGAACCGCGCGAUCUUUUCGCCCUGCCUAAGGACAAGGACAAUGACUGCUCACAGCAGGCCCCCAGAUGGCCAGUGGAAUGCCAGGUCAUCGAGGAGCGCAUCACACACAUUCCGUACGUGCCCGCUACGCCGGAGCCGCUCAAUGCCCCAACGGGUAACGAGCUGAAACCGCGGCCCGUCGGCGAGGAAAGCGGCAUCGUCGUGUUCAGUUACAGUCCGAUUAGCGCCGUUAACUACGAAAAGCCGAAGGCGAAGAAGGAGGAGGAUGAGUCCAGUGACGAAUCGGACUAUUCCUCGGAUUCCCAUCAGGACUCUACGCCACCGAGCAGAUCAACGCCCAUGCGUCUGGCUGGUGGCGGUGGAUGUGCACGUGGCAAGCUUAACAGUGUCUCCAAGAUGAUUAACAAUGUGGACAAUCGAUCCACUAGUGCAUCCCUAGACGACAACGAUGACUACUACGAUGAUGAGUACGAUACCUCCGGUGGUGGCUGUGGAGGUAGUGGUGAGGCCAAGGAGAAGGCCAUCAUUAAGGAUCUCAUCGAGGCAAAGAAGAAGCGCUAUCAGGAAGAGGCAGCGGUCACACCCGCUGCUGGUGGUGGUGGUGGAACAGUUCGAAAUUCUAGAGCAGCCAGCCGUUCGGAGGCCAGCAAGAAUCCUAGCGAGAUCGAUGAUAUUUGGAAGAACAACACCAGUGAAUACAAGCCAGCUUCGCCGCGCUAUGUCCUCAGUCAGUUUGGCAAGAAUGUGGCCAAGGCUGUGAUCGAUAGGAUUGUGGAUCAUGAUGAUCCCUCGGCCCCACCUUCGGGAUCUCAAAAGGUAUCCAACAAGUUUGCCGUAACCCCCAUUAAGUUGCCAAAAACGAAUAUAGCUCGCUUGGAGGUAGCUUUCGAGCGAAGUGCCCGUCAAGAUCGAUCCGCUGCAGUGGCACCCAAAUCGCGUUCCGAUAAGGGUGUAAGCAAGGGUGCCGUCAUGGACAAGCAUCGUCCUGGGGACAGCACCACCUCCUCUGAGGAAACCAGUAGCUCUGGUCUGGGCGAAGAGGAAGAGGAAUAUUUUUCAGAAUCAGAAGAUUCGGGCAGUGGCGAUGGCAUUCAUAGAAUUUUGGGAAGAAAUACGGAACGGUUAGCUGGUGGCGCCGAAAAACCUUAUCCCAAUUCCGGAUCCGUUUCGGAGACAGAAACUCUGGUGGGAAAUGAGAGCAGGAGCAGGUUGACUGACUCUGGUAGCCUGCAGCAGCAGGACUCUGCACGCUCAAGGAGUCGGCAGGGGCAAAUACGUCCCCCACCUCGGGCGGUACCCCAAACCCAUGCUGCCACAGUGGCAGCAGCGGCAGCGGCAGCGGCCCUGGCCAGAAGGCGGCACCGCGACAAAGACGGUUGCUUGGGUGGCAAAGAACAUGACAUAAGAAUGGCAGCGGGCGCGGGCACGGGCACUGGCACUAAUCUUGGCACUACUCGCACCUCUUCUCCAAUUGCGAACAACGUCUUCCGGCUGAGCAAGGAUCAGCAGCAGCUGCUGAAUUCAAUGACCAGCCAGGAGACGACCAGCUCCUUGAAUUCGGUCACAAGUACUAACCAAACGACGGCGACCAACUCGUCGCAAUCUUUUCUAUGCUCCGAUUUACCCCAAGCACAGUUCAGCCGUUCGGCCGUCGGUGGUGCACGUUUCGUGACCAAUUGUCAUCCCAUGAAUCCGGAGGAGUACGAUGGCCUGGAGUUUGAAUCGCGCUUUGAGAGCGGCAAUCUGGCCAAGGCGGUUCAAAUCACGCCCACCUUCUAUGAGCUCUACCUGCGACCAGAUCUCUAUACCAGCCGAUCCAAGCAGUGGUUCUAUUUUCGUGUACGGCACACCAGACGUAAGAUGUUUUAUCGUUUCUCCAUUGUCAAUCUGGUCAAGUCGGACAGCCUCUACAAUGACGGCAUGCAGCCAGUGAUGUAUUCCACGCUGGGUGCCAAGGAGAAGAGCGAAGGCUGGCGAAGAUGCGGAGAUAACAUCUGUUACUACCGGAAUGAUGAUGAAAGUGCCAGUAAUAGCGCUAACGAGGAUGACGAGGACAACUCGACGUAUACGCUGACCUUCACCAUCGAAUUUGAGCACGACGAUGACACCGUGUUCUUUGCGCACAGCUACCCGUACACUUAUAGCGACCUGCAGGACUACCUCAUGGAGAUCCAACGUCAUCCGGUCAAGUCAAAGUUCUGUAAACUGCGCCUUCUAUGCCGCACUCUGGCCGGCAAUAAUGUCUACUACCUGACGGUGACGGCGCCCUCAGCCAACGAGGAGAACAUGCGGCGAAAGAAAUCGAUUGUGGUGUCGGCGCGUGUGCAUCCCAGUGAGACGCCUGCUUCGUGGAUGAUGAAGGGUCUAAUGGACUUUAUCACGGGCGAUACGACGGUGGCCAAGCGUUUGCGGCACAAGUUCAUUUUCAAAUUGGUGCCGAUGCUGAAUCCCGAUGGUGUCAUCGUGGGCAACACCCGAAACUCGCUGACCGGCAAGGAUCUUAAUCGACAGUACCGCACGGUCAUUCGCGAGACAUAUCCAUCCAUUUGGUAUACCAAAGCCAUGAUUAGAAGACUGAUUGAGGAAUGCGGCGUGGCCAUGUACUGUGAUAUGCACGCUCACUCACGAAAGCACAACAUAUUUAUAUAUGGCUGUGAGAACAAACGCAACCCGGAGAAGAAGCUAACCGAGCAGGUCUUUCCCCUGAUGUUGCACAAGAACAGUGCGGAUCGGUUCUCCUUCGAGAGCUGCAAGUUCAAGAUCCAGCGCAGCAAGGAGGGCACCGGACGUAUUGUGGUCUGGAUGCUGGGCAUCACCAACAGCUAUACGAUCGAGGCCUCCUUCGGUGGUUCCUCGCUGGGAUCGCGCAAGGGAACGCACUUUAACACACAGGAUUACGAGCACAUGGGACGAGCAUUUUGUGAGACACUUUUGGACUACUGCGAUGAGAAUCCGAACAAAAUUUUAAAUUUACUCAAACAACAGGACAGGCUACGAUCCAAAAUUAUCGAAAGACUGAUGCGAGAAGGCUCCAGUGCCGACGAGCCAUUGAAUAUCCCUCUGUCGGAUUACUCAAGCGACGAGGGCAACUGCAGCUCCAGUUCGGAUAAUGAGGGCAAACACUCGAUAACGGCAUCCGAUCUGGAGGGACCAUGUUGUGCCCCCACCCGUGCACCGCCCAGUUCGCCGGAGGUAAUCCAUGAAAUUCGCAAGUUCCGUAUGCGACGCAUGCGCAAGGUGAUGCACGAACUGGACAGGAUCUACUUUACGCCCCUGUUCCAGCGCAAAUUCAAAACUCUAACCACUUUGAAGAGAAGGCGUCACAAAAUGGGUGGCAAGACGUCUCCAAAUACGAAGCGUCUGCGAGGUGGAGGAGGUGCAAUUGCAGUAAGUGGUGGUGGCGGUACAGCUAACAGUGAUGCCGUACCCGCCACACCCACAACACCAACUCAGCAAAGCCAACCGAUCAGGCAAUUGGCCAGGAAGCCGCCGAUCAAAAGUCCCCAACCAACUGGGGCUCGGAGUUCGGAAAGUACCGAUAGCAUGGAUUCCUCUCAAUCGGAAUCACUACGAGAUCCGGAUUGCUCAAGUGCCAGCACCGGAGCCAGCAAAGAGAUCACGCGUAAAGCCAAGAGCACUGGCGGUGGGUCCAAGAAAUCAGGAAAAAAGAGAAAGUUUAUGCCCAUAGAGAAAAAGAAGCCUGUGGUCAAUCAAAAACUGCACGUGGAUCGCAAUUUCCGGCUUUGGUUGGCCAACCGACGCAUCUACAUCUAUCGCCGUAAGAAGUCCACCAUUCAGGCGCGUCGCACUAAGGUUAGGGGCAAGACGCCAAAGAAACGCGGCGAGGUGGUACGCACCACUCUUGAUUUGCCCACAACGGAUCCCGGUUCGGAUCUGCACUUCUCCACCGACGACGAAGAGCACUCGCCGACAUCCGGACAAAACGGUUACGGUGCAGUGGCUCCACUUCGGCACACGUUGCUCCAAAGUGAUCUGCAGAGGCGAUACAUUGAGGAAAUUGGUGAUACGGUGGUCCAGAAACCGAAGGCGGCGCACAUGCCACCGGAACUGAUUGUGACAACACCCUCGAAGAGUGGCACACCGGGUGGUGGCAAGAAGAUGGAUGUCUACAAGCUGACUCCUCGCACUGCUCCGGAAUUGGACACAGGUGGCCAUCACAUGGGCAUGAUGCAGAGGCAGUCCGGUGGUACUGGGACAUCCGCCAGACGCACCUACUCCUGGCACAAUCUCGAUCAGCAGGAAAUACCCAAUGGCAAUAGUGCUGGUCAUGGCAAGGCCAACUUCUACAUGACCGAAUCCAAGCCAGCAGUGAAGACGAUGACCAAACCGCCGCCCAGGAGGAGUGUUCCUAGCAAUUUCAUUCCCCAGAGGCAAGGCAAUGUUCAAACGGCGGAUGACCUGCAGCUUAAGCUCUCGUUGAAGAAGAAAGUCUGGACAGGAGCACACGGUGAUGCGGAUGGGCGUCCAUUAGCCUGGUAUAAGGGUCACUCGAUAGCCGGACCCCAAAUGGCCAACACUACUGCGGGUAUAAGAAGUGCUGGCGGUGCUGGGGGAGGAGGAGUUGCAGCCGGUGGAGGUGGCCAGAGCCGUGGCAUGUUUACCUCAAGUGGCAGGGAUCCCACAGCUGCCUCCGGUGGGAUUGCCAUGGGCGCGCCACCCGCUUUUAUUGGUGCACCACGCAAGCCCAGAAAACUCGAGCAAGUGGAUCUGUUCAAUGCCUGUUCUCAGAAGCUGCUCCUAUGGCAGCAACAGGAGGAGCACAAGAGCUCUCAGCCGCCGCCAGCGCAACGCUUGAUGAAGGUGGAGGAUCCGCAUCAGCAGCCGCCACAUCCAAGGGAUCGUGAUCGAGAUCGCGACCGCGGGCAGCAAGCCUACAAGCCCGUACACAUGAUGAAGAAGUCGGCGGAAACAGGCCAGGCCAAAGUCAUCCAAGCUUUGGUGGCAGCCGAAUCCGGUGGAAAGGUCAAGCGCAAGUCCAGCAGCAUGAUGAAGAUAGCAGAGACUACUCAACUAGUGACACGAUUCGCUCGUAGUCGUAACAGUGCCGGAGGAUCUGCAGUGCAGCAGCAACAGCAGCAGCAACAUAUGCAUCAGCAACACCAGCGGAUGUUGUUCAAGGGUCAGGUGGGAGCCGGAUCCGUAGGAGGUCGGAUGCACUCGGCCGGUGUGAUGGGUCAUAUGCAAGGCAACGGCGGUGGUGGACGUGCACCCAACAAAUUCAAGACCGGUGGGCUAGUAAUCACGGCCGUCCAACAGCCCGCCAAUAUGCCAGGUGGCAGCUCUCGACGAAUGAGGAAUGCUGCCGGAUUGCAGGCCAAGAGCAGCACGGGUGCCAUGGGAUCAUCGUCCGGGCAAAUGCAAUACCAACGGAGCAAUGGAAACGUCCAGGCCAAUAAAUCCUCAACAGGAAUUUCGCUGGACACCGUUAAUCUUGUCCGGAAGGUGAAGACCAAGCUGAAGAAGCGCAAAUCCCGCACUUUAUCGAACGGAGCACCGAAAUAGUUGACACCGGAACUUCGGGAUCGUUUAGCUAGAGUCAUAUUACCCAGAUUUUCCUUUCAACAGACAAUAUGGUGCUCCAGAUUCUCGUCCAGGUGUAUUUAUUUUACACAGCAGAUUCGGCGUAAGCCACAUUUUUGGUUUCAAAAUUUUAGUCGAAUUUAAUCUGAACCCCCCGUGUCUAUCUUUGUUACGCAAAAAAAAAAACGAUAAGGAAAUGAUUAGCAAAAUUAUCUAUCUAUAUAACUUUAUGCAUAUGUAAUCCCGAUCUCUGUACCUACAGUUAAUCCCUAAAAUAAUGUUAAAAGUCCUAGUGUGUGUGUGUUGUUUUUUUUUUGCUGGAAGUUUUUCUAUUGAGAUUUGCAAUAAAACAAACCAAAAAAAAAAAUGUGAAAACAAA